UAAAUAUUUUUCGGUCCCUAAAUUGCCUGCACGAUUUCCUUCUUCCAGGUAUCCAUACGGGCCCGAAAUACUUAGCAAAAUGUAAUUUUGGCCGACAGAAUUUGAAGUUUCUCUAUCUGCGAGUUUCUCUCUGCGCCAUUGCACUAACCUCUGCGAAGAAAUCUCUUUCUCCGCGGGUCUCUCUCUGCAACGAAGCCCUAAACUCUGCAACGAAAGUUUCUCUCUGCACCAUAGCCCUAACCUCUGCGAAGAAAUCUUUUUCUGCAACGAAGCCCUAACCUCACUACGCUCUGCAAGUGUCUACAAAGGUCCAAGCAGAGGUGCUAUCCAAACAUCAGACAACCCUAUCCCAAGGGCAGACCAAUUCCAGGAGAAGCCAAUUCCAGUAUAAGCCUAUCCCCAGGACAGGCUUCUUCAGGCGCAGAGAAGCGGCUUUAUUAUGAAGAAGCCUUCUUUGACCCUAAAUUUAUAGGCGCAGAUCGGCGGCUGAGGGAGCCUUCUUCAACCCUCUGACUUUAAUGCAGUGGAACACGUAAACCCCCCAUUCUGCAAAUGCAUCGCCAUUCACUCAUUUUACGGCGGCUUUUCUGCAAAAGAAUCCUUGUUAAGCUUGAUUCUGGUCAUCAAUGGCGAUUUUUUAUGAGCCCACUUUCACAUUUCUCAAAAUCCAACGACCCAAUUUUAGAAAGCUCUCUCUAUGGUGGCUCCCUCUCUCUUUUCUCAACUCAGAGUCAUUCUCAAUAUAGGGGUGAGCUUUCUCACUCAUUUGGCAAAGAAGAUGGAGUUAGCAUUUGCUCAAGACUCUGGAUUGAGAGUUUUAAAGAACCCAACAAGACUGUAACUAGUCUGACUUCUUAUCUAGGUAGAAUGGAACUAUGGGUUCUUGCUUACCAGAAGGUUUGUGCAGAUGAAACUGGUUCAUAUCUACCCAAAAACAUGAUCGAUAAGUCAGCCAUUGAAAGACUUUCUGUACUAAGAGAUGCAGUGCUUGAUUCAAGGUUUAGAUGGGGAGCAAGGCUUGAAUUCUUCAUUCGUUCUCCAAAAGAUAAGGUUGAUAUCCAGUCUCUCUCUAAACGUAAGCUGAAAAUCUUGAUGACCUCUUCUCAACCACCUCCAUUUCAAGACCGAAUUAUUCAAGAAGUCCUCUUCAUGAUCCUUGAACCGAUAUAUGAAGCCCGAUUCUCUCAAAAGUCUUUUACCUUUAGGCCUGGUAGGAAUGCCCAUACUGCUCUCCGUGUAAUUCGAAGGAGCUUUGCUGGUUAUUUAUGGUAUAUCAAAGCAGAUUUAAGCACAUUUUUAGAUGGGGUCAAAGUGGGUAUGGUGAUUAAUGCUUUGUUAAGAGAUGUUCGAGAUAAAAAGGUGAUUGAUUUGAUAAAAUCUGCACUUGUGACUCCCGUUAUAACUGGUCGGCCUGAAAAUGAAGAAGAAUUGAAGAAGAAAAAGAAAAAGAGGAAAUAUCAGAAGAAGAAGGUAUUGCCAGAUGAUGAGCCAAAACCUGAUCCAUAUUGGUUGCAAGCAUUCUUUGGUUUUGCACCAGAGGAAGCUGAGAAGGUCCCCUCUUGGGGUCACUGUGGAAUUCUAAGUCCACUUUUAGCAAACAUUUGUCUUAAUGAAUUGGACCACUGGAUGGAGGAUAGAGUCAAUGAAUUCUAUCGCCCCUCUAAAACUGAUGUUAUUUGGAAUGAACCCAAUGGGGAGGAAGAUAAAGGGAACACUUCUUGGCCUGAAUUUGUUCCAACCAGUGGGCCUGAUAAAACUAGAAAAAUGGAUUAUAUUCGCUAUGGUGGUCAUAUUUUGAUUGGAGUGAGAGGCCCAAGGGCUGAUGCCUCCACAAUAAGGAAGCAAUUGAUAGAGUUCUGUGAACAAAAGUAUCUUAUCAAGCUUGAUAAUGAGAGCUUGCCAAUAGAGCAUAUUACUAAAGGAAUUCUGUUUUUGGACCAUGUCAUAUGUCGAAGGGUUGUCUAUCCUACUCUUCGUUACACGGCAACUGGGGGGAAGAUUAUCAGUGAGAAGGGGGUCGGUACACUUUUAUCUGUUACAGCCAGCUUGAAGCAAUGCAUUAGGCAAUUUAGGAAGCUAGAGUUUCUCAAGGGAGAUAGGGACCCAGACCCACAACCUUGUUUUCGGAUGUUUCAUGCUACCCAAGCUCACACUAAUGCACAAAUGAACAAGUUUCUUUCCACUAUGGUGGAAUGGUAUAGAUAUGCAGAUAAUCGCAAAAAAAUUGUAAACUUUUGCUCUUAUAUCAUCAGAGGGUCUCUUGCUAAGCUUUAUGCCGCGAAGUACAAGCUUAGAUCUCGAGCCAAGGUCUAUAAGAUAGCAUCAAGGAAUCUCAGCCGUCCCUUGAAGGAGAGGAAGGGACAAUCACCUGAGUAUCACAAUCUUUUGAGGAUGGGUCUUGUGGAUUCAAUUGAUGGGCUUCAUUACACAAGAAUGUCCCUUGUGCCUGACCCUGACUAUAAUCCAUUCCCAAAAGGAUGGAGGCCAGAACAUGAGCAAGUUUUGCUUGAGUAUAUAAAAUUGGAGGACCCAAAGGCCUUAGAGGAGCAGAGGAAAUCUUUUACGGAGCUUGGGCUUAUUUCUCCACAGGAUUAUAUCUCAAUGCUUGUGUGGAAUUACAAAAGGAAUGUUAUGUUUACCGAUCAGGUACAUGCUAUUGAAAGCCAUGCCCAAGAGCGAGAAAAUGAAGUUUUGGUUGAAUCAAAUGACAAAAAUAGUAUAGAUGAUGAGGAGAGAAAUGGAGGAGUUAUGCAUGCUGCACAGAUGUGAGAACCAGUGCUCUUUCUUGUGCAUGCAAUGGACAUCACAUUUCUGCACUUUAAAGAGGAAAAUGCAAGCUGCCGGGAGCUCGCUAUCAUGUCUUGACCAGGAGAUAGAGGGAUGAUUGCUUUUGGUGUGACUAUUCUGGUUGGGGACAUUCUGCAAGAGGAGGGCAUGUUCAGGUUCACAUUUUCUCCUUUUUCUACCAAUUUGAUUUUUGUGUGGAUUCUUUUGCUUUUAGCAUGGCUGAAUUCUUAGAGUUUCUUAAAAUAAUGGAAGCCAUACAUGUAUCUUUUUUAGGGACUUAGAUAGGUUUAUGAAUGAAUAUCAUACCCACUCUCUCUACUUUGUCCUCAUGAUUCUUUCUGUCUUUUACAUUAAUCUAAAGCCAAGUUAUAGGCUUCUUCUAUCCUCUAGAGAGAGAGAGAGAGUAGACAGAGAUAGUAUACAAACCAACAAGAAGCACUUUGCAUUAAUCAUGGGGUUGAGAGGUAAGAGGUUAAUUCUGCUCUCUCUUUCUAAUUGGUUCUUACUUCUGCUGCAUUAUGUAACUAUUUUCUCAUCUUUUCUUCUCACCAUGCAGCUUUUUCUGCCUGUGCUUUGAGUUCUAGCAACUGGCUUCUUUGAUUGAUCAUCUGGGUCUUCAUGAGUUGUGAUGGAUUUUGAUAAAUCUUGAUGAAAAUGAUUGAGACAACCAUAAUGUAUUUGCUGCUAUUUGUCUUCAUCCUUUUCAGGAUGAAGGUCAUCAUAACAGAUUCAGUUGCAUGAUUUUUUUUGCCAUUUUGUAUCUUCUAUAGCAGAACAGAUCAGAGAUCAAUUUGAAGGUGAUUUUGGACUAGCAAAACUGUUAAAAGCUGAUGAUCUCACAUACCCGGUGUGUUUUUGAGAAAAAAAAAAAUCAGAUUACCUCACAUACCGGUGUGUUUCUUGCUUAUAACUCAAUUUGGAUGCUCUUUUAACUCAUUAUAUAGUGGUAUCAAUGAAAUUGCUUUUGUUUGUUUGCAUUAGUUGGGAAGAUGGGAUUGUUUAUAUUGAUCUCUCUGGUUUUCUUGAGUCGAUUGGGAUUUUUUUUUUUUUGAUCCAUCUCUCUCUCCCCUCUUUCUGGAGUUGAUUUGGGAGAUGGGUUUUUACUUUGUUUUUUUGAUCUCGCUCUCGCUUUCUUUCAUUGAUUAUUUGUAUUAGUUUUGAAGUUGUUUUCAUGCUUCUCUUUUGAAUUCACCAAGUUCUAGAGCUUGCUAGUAAGGCUGCGAGGAACAAGAAGAAAAGAUGCAUAAUUCCAAGGCAUGUGUUGUUGGCUGUUAGGAAUGAUGAUGAGCUUGGCAAGCCCUUGGCUCGGUUCACCAUUCCUCAUGGUGGGGUUCUCCCAAAUAUAAACCCUGUCCUGAUUCCGAAGAGGUCUCACAAGCCUGAAACCCAAGAGCCCAAAUCACCAAAGUCCCCAACAAAGAAGGCUGCUUGAUUCUUCACCUUCUUGCUUGUAAUCUGUUGUAUGCUGGAGUUUUCCUUUCUAUUUCUUUUCUUCUUCAGACUUGACUCUGUAUUGACUGUGAUUCUCAUGUCUCUAUGAUGCAAACAAUGGUUCGUCUUCAAUAGUAUCA